AUGAUCCUGCGCAAGGGCCGCGGAGCUUGGACUUUACUUCGGGCAUCGAUCACCCGACGCUUACGGCUCAAGGGCAAUUCCCAUCCAGGGAAUGCAUUUGAGAGUAACAAUCAAGCAACAGGCCAUCACGAUGCCCACGACACACCGACAACCCCAUUCCCAGAUAUCCACGUCACACCACCGGCAAGAAGGGAUACACAAUGUGGCGACACGGACGGGAUUGUCAAUCGGCUGGCCCUCCUCGCAGCCAGCGUUAGUCGAUCAUCCCCGCGCACAACCCUCUGUUCCAAAAGAUCAUCCUCUCCAUUGUCCACAAACACACAGAGCACGAGACCAGACGGUGGCAACAGCCAGGAAUAUCUAGUCGACGACGUGGAAUCCUUCCAUUACCUGCGCAGUCUGAUCACCAUCUCUUGCCUACCGCAGCAGUCCUCGCCCGGACAAACUCCAAUCAGAACAACCAUCGAUGGAGUCGAAAAGCAGUCACCUGGUCGCAAAAGAGCAUCGUCAAGGCUUAGUUUGCGCCUUGGCGAUCUCCCCGGUCUUUCUUUUCCCAAGGUGCCCAGGAAGCAUUGUCCUCGUUAUACCCCCCUGCCGCCGGUAUACACCCCCAAGCCAAUCGCAAUGCGACCCGAGGUGCGCUUUUGA